CAUAAGGCCUUCCCUUCCCCCCUGCCGACAAAUCCCGGAAUAUACCCUUUAUUUUGAGAGCCAUUGCCGGAAUUUGUGACCGGCCAUUGACCCAACGCACACGCUUGUAGUUGGAACAGUUGAAAGCUUAUGAACCUUUAUAUAUAACCAAUAAGUGAAAUCACACAUACUAUAUAUACUUGAAAAUAAAAAAUAAAUUAAAGCAGUAACAAAAAAAAGAAAAAAGAAAAAAAAACCAAAUAAGACCAAAAAUGACUAUAAAAUAGCCAUCUCUCUCUCUAUACUUGGCUAUACUCUCUCUCACACACACAACAACUCCUCUAUUGCACAAUGACACAACAGUGUCCUGUCUCUCUUCUACUUUGAUAAAGAGAGUGCUUCAGUCUACCACAUUGUCUGAUGUGUUUGAAGUUAGAGAGAGAAAAUGGGUGACAUAGCAAUAGCAGGAGCAGCAGGGCAAAUAGGGUUGAUUUGGGAACUAAUAAAAGCACCAUUGAUAGUGCCAGUGCUAAGGGUUGCUGUGUUUGUAUGCCUGACCAUGUCACUCAUGCUAUUCAUGGAGAGGCUCUACAUGGGUGUUGUCAUCAUCCUCGUCAAGAUAUUCUGCAAAAAGCCCCAUAACCGUUACAAAUCGGACUUCAUUCGGGAAGACAUCGAAUUCGGCAACUCUGGUUUUCCAAUGGUCCUUAUUCAAAUCCCAAUGUUCAAUGAGAAAGAGGUUUACAAGAUCUCAAUUGGAGCUGCAUGUGGGCUUUCAUGGCCGUCUGAUCGUCUCGUCAUUCAAGUACUCGACGAUUCUACAGACCCUGCCAUCAAGGAUUUGGUGGAGAAAGAAUGUUUGAGGUGGGGUAGCAAAGGAGUUAACAUAAGGUACCAAAUAAGAGAAAACAGAGUGGGUUACAAAGCUGGUGCACUGAAAGAAGGGUUGAAGCAUGAGUAUGUCAAACACUGCGAAUACGUUGCCAUCUUCGACGCUGAUUUCAGGCCCGAACCGGACUAUCUCCGGCGAGCCCUUCCUUUCCUCGUCCACAACCCUCAGAUUGCACUUGUUCAGGCUCGUUGGAGGUUUGUGAACGCGGACGAGUGUUUGAUGACAAGGAUGCAGGAAAUGUCAUUGGAUUACCAUUUUACAGUUGAGCAAGAAGUGGGCUCAUCCACUCACGCCUUCUUUGGUUUUAAUGGAACUGCUGGUGUGUGGAGAAUUGCUGCUAUCAAUGAGGCAGGUGGGUGGAAGGACCGAACAACCGUUGAGGAUAUGGAUCUCGCUGUUCGAGCUGGUCUUAAGGGUUGGAAAUUCGUUUACCUUGGUGACCUCCAGGUGAAAAGUGAACUUCCCAGUACUUUCAAAGCAUUCCGUUUUCAGCAACACCGGUGGUCCUGUGGUCCUGCUAAUUUGUUCAGGAAAAUGGUGAUGGAAAUCAUUAGAAACAAGAAAGUAACAUUAUGGAAGAAGGUAUAUGUGAUCUACAGCUUCUUCUUUGUUCGGAAGAUCAUAGCUCAUAUGGUCACCUUUUUCUUCUACUGCGUCGUACUUCCAUUGACCAUUUUGGUUCCUGAAGUCCAAAUUCCAAAAUGGGGAGCCAUUUACAUCCCCUGCAUCAUCACCACUCUCAAUUCCGUCGGAACUCCAAGAUCAAUCCACCUAUUGUUUUACUGGAUCCUAUUUGAGAAUGUGAUGUCUCUGCAUCGAACCAAGGCCACUUUUAUUGGUCUGCUUGAAGCAGGGAGAGCUAAUGAAUGGGUAGUCACUGAAAAACUAGGAGAUGCUCUUAAGGACAAAUCAAAUGUCAAAGCACCAAAGAAACUCCGAUUUAGGAUCGGAGACAGAAUUAAUCUAUUGGAGUUGGGUUUCGGAGCAUUCCUCUUCUUCUGUGGAUGCUAUGAUUUUCUGUAUGGGAAGAACAACUACUUCAUUUACCUUUUCCUCCAAACUCUAACCUUUACUAUUAUGGGAUUUGGCUACAUCGGCACCAUUGUCCCAAGCUAGAUUGGAACCUACAAUUCCCUCUACCACCAUUCAUCUUACUAUGUAUCUUAUUCUUCUCUUCUCGACGACAACAUGCAUAUGAGUGCUUUCUAAUGCCAAUAUUUGAUUGCAUUUUUACCAUUUCAUCUCCAAAAGGACAAAAAUAUACCGGGGAAAAAAAUGGUGUUAUUAUGGCAACUAGAUCAUGCAGUCAAGAAGAAGCUUUUAACCUAAUCAAGAAGAAGUUGAAGGAGCAGAAUUAGCACAUGGGUUUAGUAAGUAGAUAUGUUUGUUAUUAUUCAAAUACUCAAUAGGUUGUUUUUAUAUGUGAGACAUUGUAUUUUCUACAUUGUUGAAUUGAGCCACCCAUGCAUAAGGGUUUUAUUUUCUUUUUUUAUUUUUUAUUUUUUAUUUUUUAAUGCUUAGAAAGUUAAUGAGCCGAUGGCAAAGGGCCAAGCUUGUAAUCUAUGUUUUGGUGAGUUUUUUUAUUUUUAUUUUUACUAUCUAUUUAUUUAAUUGUUUAGAUCAUUGUAUUACAA